GAGAGAGACAGCAAAUCAAACUUGCUCCAGAACUUAAAGAGCGACAGCCAAAGCUUCAGAAUGUCUGCGGAGAAGAUGCGCUGGAUGGGUUUGACCCUGGGGCUGGUCCUGCUGAUUGCAGUCUCCUCAGAUGCAGCACCUUUAGCUAUACAACAGCCUGAGGAGUGCUGCUUCACCUUUGUCAGUUUUACAAUCCCCAAACAUGCCGUCGAAGAAAUAAAAAGACUUUCGGUCCACUGCCCCAAACCAGGCUACAUAGUUACAACUCCUAAAGGCAGGAUGUGUCAGAAGACUCUCGACAUCUCUAAAGACUGAAAAACUCAGCUUCAGCACGAGACGGAUGCAGCACACUCUACAUAAUACUUUACUCAUCGCGUACUUUCAGUAUAAUCAGAGCUUAAUUACUGUCCUGUAAUAAGAUCAAACAGUGCAUGACUUAAAAUAACUGCAAAUAAACGACUGAUACGUCACAGUACUAUAUGGAUAUUAUAUAAGAGAGAGCUUUUAUCAUCAGCACAUGUACCAGUGUUAAAUAAACACUGUAAUUGAUGCUGUAUACAGUGUGUAUUCACUGUGGUAAAGAAGUCAUUGUCACGUUUAUGAACUCUGCUGAAGAUGCUUUUGCUUUGUGCUUUAGUACAUCAUCAUUUCAAUGUACUGCUCUAGAUUUAAAUAAAACAAUGCAUGAAUUAAAAAGCAUGUCUGAGUAAA